AUGAGUAACUUUUCUAGAGAGGUCAUCACUCUUCAGUUGGGACAUUAUUCCAACUUUGUUGGGACUCACUGGUGGAAUUUACAGGAUGCGUCUUUAUCAUAUGAUCCAGAUGCGCCACCGAGUGAGAUCCAGAGCGAUGUCGUGUUUCGUGAAGGAGAGACUCUGGGCGGAGAAGCCACCCACACACCUCGCCUCAUCGCCAUGGAUCUCAAAGGAAGUCUUCGCACUCUACGGCAGGAGGGAAGUCUGUAUGACGCCGGCAAAGACAUCUCUGCCACCACUUGGGAGGGAAGCCUCAUGAUGCACAAAGAAAGUCCAGCUGAGAAGAACCUGUUUCUUGAAGAUCUGGACAAGUUGGACAAAGGGGAGGUCCUUGCUGAAUCUGAUUUGUACUCCAAUUCCCAGCCUCAGCACUCAGCAGGUACAGUGCGUGUGGAUACUGUGAACAGCCAGCUGGCCCGAGUCCAAAAGCGCUACAGGCUGGAGGGCAGCGUGAAGGUGUGGUCCGACUUCCUGAGGAUCCACCUGCACCCUCGCACCAUCUCUGUCAUCCAUCAGUACAACCAUGACGGGGAGACUUCCCGUCUGGAGGCUUUCGGCCAGGGAGAGACUCUCCUGAAGGGGUCGGUGCUCGAGGAGCUGGAGGACAAGCUGCACUUCUUUGUAGAGGAGUGUGAUUACCUUCAGGGUUUCCAGGUUAUGUGUGACCUGGCUGAUGGCUUUGCAGGCCUGGGGUCAAAGGUCACAGAGAUGCUACAGGACUCUUAUGGUGGAAGAGGCAUCCUAACCUGGGGGUUAGCACCUGUCAGUCACGCGAAUUCAACUCCAAUGAAGGACCUCUACCACAUGUUGAACUGCGCAUUAGGGACAGUCCACAUGGCCAGUCACAGCUCUUUCUUCUGCCCGUUGACCCUGCGUGGGGGACUAGGCAGGCGGCCCUCCGCUCCCACAGCAUUCCCCCUCCUAAAUUAUGACCCGUCACUUUGGUACCACUCCAGCUCUGUGUUGGCUUUGGGCCUAGAUGCCCUCACUUUGCCUUACAGGCUGAAGAACAACAGCGUCCCAAUGUGGCAGGUGGCAGAUGCACUGGCUGUGUCUGGGAGAAAGGUGGUGGCUGCUUAUGGUGCCAUCCCCUUUCCUAUGAUGCACGGCAGCUCUCUCCCUGACGCCCUAAAGGCCUGCACAGAUGCGUUGCCCUGGAAACCUUUAUCAUCUUGCUCUGAGCCCGGCGACGGGCGAUGCUACAGCCAGUGGGUAACACUCAAAGGCUUCGAGGGCCAGAGACUAAUCAGCUCUCUGGCUCCAGGGACUCAACCACCCACUCCCCUGCAUAGCCUCCACAGUGGGGAAGACGUCCUGGCUUCCUACAUUGGAUCGUUCUAUCCUACAGCUCCUCUGGCUCUGCAGUUGGUGUCUACACCCAGUAAGCUGACAGCACCUUUCCCUCAGAUAUUCAGUCAGUCCCUCGGAGCUGAGGGCUUCCUGCAGAGCCAGCCUCCUCCACCAGGCGCUCCGGCCCCUGUGGUCUCCUCUGCCCCCGUCAUGACUUCCCUCCAGUCCGGGCCAGCAGUUGGCUCGUGGCUGUCCGAGCUGCAUCGUGGUGCCAGGACUUUAGACAUCCGCCGUGUGGCCCCCAGCUUCCUCUCCCAGGGGCCCGAAAUGGCAGAAUACGAGGAGGCGCUGGAGGAGCUGCGGCUACUGGCGCGUUGUUAUCGUGACGACAACGGCACGCACUCUUCCUCAGACGAGGAUGAUGACUAGCGCUCUGAUCUGAAUAGACUGACGACUGCUAGCUGUCUGCUUUGUGUACCAACCUGCAUGCACUCCUACAGACACAGAGCGACGAAGAGGAACGGAGCUUCUGGGUCAUGACUGAAGACUGAACUACAUGGCAACAGAAAGAGGUGAAACGUUUCUCAUGAGUUGAAAGACACAGUUGAGGGAAUAUUUCGAAUUUAGGCCUCUACAUGUGUAGUAUUCAGUGAGGAGAUGGAUGUAGCAUUAUCUGACUGUAACUGUUGUUUUAUACUAAGUAUAUGAAUGUAUUUACACCGGUUUUGGGCACAGGUUGCUCUGACCGUUAAAUUCAGUUAUGUAUGGUCAUAUUGGAAAUUUUCUCUCAUUGCCAGAGCCCAAAGGGACCAGCCGCCAGAUAAAGCAAAUUGACAUAUUAAAACUAUUUAAAGCAA